GUACGGAAUCCGUCCUGAAAAUGUGAUUAUAUAUGGCCAGAGUAUAGGAACAGUACCAUCUGUGGAUCUUGCUGCUAGGUAUGAAAGUGCUGCUGUAAUUCUUCAUUCUCCACUGACCUCAGGAAUGCGAGUAGCUUUUCCUGAUACGAAGAAGACCUAUUGCUUUGAUGCAUUCCCAAACAUCGACAAAAUUUCUAAAAUAACAUCUCCUGUGUUAAUAAUCCAUGGGACUGAAGAUGAAGUAAUUGACUUUUCACAUGGCCUAGCGUUAUUUGAGCGUUGCCAGAGACCUGUAGAACCACUGUGGGUAGAAGGAGCAGGCCAUAAUGAUGUGGAGCUCUAUGGACAGUACCUUGAAAGAUUGAAACAGUUUGUGUCACACGAACUGGUGAACUUGUAAUUUUCUUUGUAUAUUUACAUGCUUUUUUCAUUUCACUGCAUAACUGCACGCCUUGAUAAAUACAUAACAUAAAACCUGAAGGUUGUGUUUUCAAAUCAUCUUGGUUGCCUUCAUUAAAUGUACAGGUAAUGAUUUGUCAACAUAAUUAAUGAAGGUUUUAAUGCCAGUAUUAUAAACUGGAAUUACAUGAUCAUGCAGGCAAGCUUCGCAGUUCAUAUUACUUUGUGUGAGAUUUAUUUUUUCUUCUUAGAUGUAAAAAAAAAAAAAAAUCACAAGGAGUACUGUAUGAAAUGUUAAUUAUAUAAAAUCAAAUGCUGUAAAAGUGUUGCCAAAUGCUUUAGCAUAUCAAAAACAAGUUUAUAAAUAUUUUUUAAACAUCUCAAAAUGUACUGUGACUUACUGUGUUGCACAGGUGUAAAUUAAAAACCAGACUUCUAAGCAGUUGUUCUGUAACAAUGUAAUAGCCAUGAAAUUUGAGCAAAUACUAAUGUAUGUAAUAAAAAUAGACAGUCACUGGAAAUGACCUAUGCCCUGUUAUAGGGGGAGAGGGUCAAAAUAGAUCUCUUUUCCCAUAUUUUCGUAUCUUUUCUGCUUAGUUUUACUUUAGUUGUUUUGUUCUUGUGUUGUCCCUCACUUUUCAGGUUAAACAAAUUUAUCCACUCAUCUUCUCAGCAGUCCUAAUCUUGCCAAAAUAAUGCUGCAAGUUACCAUUGUUGUAAGGUAAAUAUCGUUCCCUGAUUGCUACUGAGCCCACUGAGUACUUCUCUGAAACCAGUAAGACUUUUUAGAACCUAGGUGGCUUUGUGAACAAUGCAGUUUCAAACACUGGUUGUGUAGAGAUGCAAUAUUUCAUGAGAAACAACCUGGAAGUUUAUCCAACUUUGUAAUACACAAUUUGCAAGUUUGCAGUUGUCUGAUCGGAUUUACUUUGGGGUGUUUAGUGUAAAAGCCUAUUGUUUUCUGAGUAUUGUAUGGAAAUUUUACUAAUCCAGCCUGGAUGGGGUGGGGGGAGGGGCAAGAAGAGAAUGUUGACGUUUUUCUAUUAACUCAUAAAAUAAACUUUGUAAGUUGCCUUUCCCUUGAAUGCAUUUUGCUUGAAUAAAACUAUGAAAAAUAAACUAAUUAUAUGUAGCCUAUUUGUAAACAAAGUAAUAUUCCAACAAGACACACUGUGCUUCCAAUUUUAAGGCCUUAUGUAGUUUAAUUGUUCUGCUUGUUUUUUGUGAUGGAGACUAUUGUAUACUUAAAUGUAGUUUAAAGUAUUGUGAAAACUUUGAUUAAGAUGUGCUGAUUAACAGUAAAUGAUAUUCCACA